AUGUGGCCGGCAGACCCAAGCGGCCGCAAGUGGACGAGCGACCGGUUCCGAGAGACGUUGAAGCGCGAGAGCAGGAUCGGAUUAGGAUUGGAACUGACGAUUCCAGCGUAUCGCGAGAUCGCCAUUGGCAUCAGCCGGCGGUUUUUACGCGGGUCCACCGCGUUUCGAGCAGACGAGGGAGACGAGAACGAGGAGUGGAACGAGGAGAACACGUGGUCAGCCAUUGCGGACAUGCAGGCAGGGCACAUGGUGCACAUCGCGGGGAUGAUAUACGCACGAGGCAUCAUGGAACAGGCAGGGGCAGUAGCAGACAAGAGGCAGCAGUUCCGUAUGUCGAGCACGGAUUGGCACCGGUUUUUGGGGUUCCAAGCAGGCGUAGACGACGACGACGGGUGCAAGAAGCGCAAGCGGGCCCCGUUCGAGAGCGAGGCAGACGAGGCGAGGAUCGAUCGCUGGGGCCGGUUGAGGAAGAUGGACACAGCCGCGCAGAUGCAGCAGAUGAUGGGCAAGGCGGCUGAGUUUCGCGGCGUGCAGAAAGAGGCCAUCGACGCCAUCGUUGCCGGCAAGAGUCACGUCGUGGCAGUGAUGCCGACUGGGGCAGGCAAAAGCAUGUUGUUUAUGUUACCAGCAUGGGCCGAGCAGGGCGGUACAACGGUGGUCGUGGUGCCGUUGAUCGCGUUGCGGGGAGACAUGAUGCGGCGAUGCAGGAAGUUAGGCAUAUCGUGCGCCAAGUGGGACAGCCGCCGCCUGCCAGACGCAGCCGCAGUCGUAUUGGUGACGCCCGAGUCAGCGGUUGGGGAAGAGUUCGCGACGUUUUUGAACCGGUUGCGGGCAACGCGACAGCUGGACCGGAUUGUGAUUGACAAGUGUCACAUCGUAUUGAACCGCUGGUACGAUUUCCGCAAGGAGAUGCAGAAGUUAGGCAAGUUGGCAUCCGCCGAGACGCAGAUGGUGAUGUUGACAGCAACAUUGCCGCCGAGCGAGGAAGACGAGUUGUUCCGGCGGAUGUACGUCGAGCGAGAUCAGGUCGAUUUGUUCCGAGCCGAAACCGCAAGGACGAACGUAGCGUACCGCGUGAUCAGGGUAGGCAAGGCGGCGAAGAAGAAGGAGGUGGAGGAAAUGGUGUUAGGCAUGGUGCAGCAGAAGUUGCGCAAGCACAAGACAGGGAAAGUCGUGGUGUACAGCAAUUCGGUGCCGAAGGUCAAGGAGUUGGCGAAGAACUUAGGUUGUCACGCAUACCAUCACAAGGCCGUAGGCAAAGCAAGCAUGUUAGAAGAAUUUGCCGCAGGCAAAAAGCGUAUGAUUGUAGCAACAAGCGCGUUAGGGAUGGGCGUUGACAUACCUGACAUCCGGUGCAUCAUACACAUCAAUUGGCCGUUCACCGUGUUGGAUUACGCACAGGAAAGCGGGCGUGCAGGACGCGACGGGUUGCGCAGCGAGGCGAUCAUGAUCGUGCAGGAAGGCGAGCAGCGGGCAGCCGAGGACAAGCAGGCGGAGGUGGAACAGCAGUUGGUGCGAGCGUACGUGGAAGGCAUAGACGAGACAGCAACGUGCAGGCGGGUGGUGUUGGACGGGUAUUUGGACAGGCGAGAGAAAGAGCGGGUGGUGUGCGAAGAGGGAGAGGAGAAGUGCGACGUGUGCAGAGGAGCAGACGGUGAGGAAGAAGACGAGGAGAAGACGGAGGAGGAGAUGGAGGAGGAAGAGAGCGAGGAGGACGAGGGAGGCAGCAGUAACGUAGAGGAUACCGACACGGUCGAGGCAGAGCGAGAGGAGGCACGGCGGGUGUUUGAGCAGCAGCAGCAAGCACGACGCGGCCCGCGACAGACGUUGAUACAGCAGCGGCAGCAAGAGUUUGCCGACGUGGAGUGGUUGCGCAGGCAGUUGGCGUGGUGGACGAAGCGGUGUGGGAUAUGCGAGGUGGCGGGCGACAGACAGAGCGAGCACGACGUGCGGCGGUGUUGGAGGCCGGAGAGCCGGCAGGCGAAGGAGAUGAUCAAGGCAGUAGAGGAGAAGAUGCGGUUCGAGGAGUAUUCGGGUUGUUUUUGGUGUGGAGUACCGCAGGAGGUAUGCAACUGA